GCAGCCAGGAGGGGAGGUGGGAUCAUGGGGCUUGUUAGAUGAUGGAACCGCGGACCUUCACCGAUGUUUGCGGACGGUUCUUUAAACGCCCUGCGUCUGGAUCCCGUAGAGUAGACGCUGCUCGCUCGGUGUUUUCCGCCAUUUAUCAUCCCGGAUGGAUGUCAGAGGAGGAGAGAGAGAGAGAGUGCAGGAAGGAGGGGGUUUGGCUGUCUGAUAACAUCCGGGAGCAGCGGACGUGUCUCCUGAUGGGAGGCGAUGACGCGCCUGACGCCCUGAUCCUCCUCUGCCUCUCAUCCUUCCUCACUCUGGUUCGUAUUGAUCCAGGCUGUGCAGGAACAGACGGAGCCCGCCUUCUCUUCUACCCGCAGAAGGAAUCCCACAGAACCGAACCGGUACUGGACCUCCCCUGGCAGACAGCUGCGAGCCCCAGUUGUGGCCUGUGGGCAUGGUUCUGAAGGGCAGCUCAGAGGCGCUGUGUCCCCCCCCAUCUCUGGAGCUGCGCCCGUCCUGCAACAAGAGCCAGCCCUCCCCUCCUCUGGGCUCCAGCUCACAGCCACACGACGGAGUCAUUUCUGAGGACAAGGAGCCCAUCAAGUACGGCGAGCUCAUCAUCCUGGGCCACAAUGGGUCGCUGGCAAACGGUGACAAAGGUCGUAGAAGAAGUCGCCUUGCCCUUUAUAAGAGACCUAAAGCCAACGGGGUCAAACCGGAUGUUAUCCACAAUGUCUCAACACCACUGGUGUCAAAGGCUCUCAGCAACAAAAGCCAGCACAGCAUCUCCUACACACUGUCACGGAGCCACUCUGUCAUUGUGGAGUACACACAUGACAUCAACACAGAUAUGUUUCAAAUUGGCAGAUCUACAGAGAGCAUGAUUGACUUUGUGGUCACGGACACGGCAGGCAGCAGCAGCGGUCAUGGUGGAGGUGCAGCAGGGGAGGGUGGUGGCGGAGGUCAGUCGGCCCAAAGCACCAUCUCUCGCUACGCCUGUCGCAUCAUGUGUGAACGCAGUGCUCCCUACACGGCCCGCAUCUACGCUGCUGGCUUCGACUCCUCCAAAAACAUCUUCCUAGGGGAACGGGCUGCCAAAUGGAGAACCUCAGACGGCCUGAUGGACGGCCUCACCACCAACGGGGUUCUGGUGAUGCACCCGGCCGGAGAGUUUGUGUCUGAACCGGCUCCGGGUGUGUGGAGGGAAAUCUCAGUGUGUGGUAACGUGUUCGCCCUGAGGGAGACCCGCUCAGCCCAGCAGAGGGGGAAACUGGUUGAAAACGAGUCAAACACUCUCCAGGACGGUUCUCUCAUUGACCUGUGUGGGGCCACCCUGCUUUGGCGGACUCCUGCCGGACUGCGCCACAUUCCCACCCUCAAGCAGUUGGAGUCCCUUCGGCAAGAGCUGAACGCUGCUCGGCCCCAGUGCCCCGUUGGCUUCAAUACCCUGGCCUUCCCCAGCCUGGCCCAGCGCGAGAUUGUCGACAAGAAGCAGCCCUGGGUCUAUGUCAACUGUGGCCACGUACACGGAUACCACAACUGGGGCUAUCGCAAGGAGAAAGGGCCCACCAGCCCGGGGGGCACAGCACCAGCCGGCACUGGUGAGAGAGAGUGUCCAAUGUGCAGGAGGGUGGGCCCCUAUGUGCCUUUGUGGUUAGGCUGUGAGGGCGGAUUGUACUUGGAUGCCGGCCCCCCCACACAUGCCUUCUGCCCCUGUGGCCAUGUGUGCUCUGAAAAGACAGUAGUGGGAUGGAGCCAGAUCCCGCUGCCCCACGGCACGCAUGCCUUCCACGCUGCCUGUCCCUUCUGCGGUACUUGGCUAACAGGGGAGCAGGGCCACGUCAAACUCAUCUUCCAGGGGCCCGUCGACUGAGGCUCACACACACACACACCCCCACGCACGCACACACACACACAGGAGCCUCUCCCAUGAUGAAGGACUUCAGUGAAUGACUGGUGACUAAGGACUGUGUUCUUGAGCAAAAAUGUGAAUGCGCUGAUGUACAGGAAGAUGACUCCUUCCGUGAUAAAACUAAAAGCAAUAGUAGAUGCCAAGGCUUUGAAUGGAAGAGCUGUCUGGAGAAAAUGUAAAUAAAUAGUGUUGAAUUGAA